AUUGAAUGCUUAUUUUAUUUCUCCACUACAGAGGGAGGGAGGAGCCCCAGUCCCUCCUCGCAAUGCCCAUAAAAGGCCUUCAAUACGCACCAUGCAACUGCAAGGAAACAAAUCAGAAGUGAGUAAGAUCAACUAUUCCAAUGGCUUCUGCUCAGUGUCAGAAACCCAAUACUACUGUUGAAGUGUGCCAACCUAAAUGCCAGAACAAACCCAAUACUAAAGUUGAAGCCUGCCAACCCAAAAGCCAACAUAGCUCGUUCGGCCAAAAAGUUUCUGAGAUAACUAGCAAGGCUUUCAAGGGGCACCACACCCGUCAUGCCAGCAACCAAAAUCAACUUCAAUGCUUUAGCCAAAAUCAGAUUGAGUCACAUGGCCACAAUGGCUCCAAAACCGAGAGUCACUUCUGUGGCCAAACUCAGACCCAGCAUGACAAAAAACAUGGUGUCUCCAAAACCCAGAUCACAGUUACCAUGGUCCAAGCACAAAUUACCCAUACCGACCAAGACCCUUCUGCUUAUGGUACGACUACAAGUUGCUUUGGGGCUCAUGCCAAGAAGAAUGGAGAGCUCAACAAUAAGAAAGAAAGGAACUUGUUCCAGAGGAUUAAGAAUGGCAUAUCCCGCCACAGCAAUAAUGAAGGAAGUAGCAGCAGCAGUGACAGUGAGAGUGACGAUGAGAAGUGCCCAAAGACAAAGGCAGGUGCACUUAAAUGCACAAGUGUUCUCCAUUCUCCUAAAAUAUAA